AUGGCGUCCAUGACGGCGACAACAGCCUUUGGGGCCUUUCAGAGAGUGAGCGCCUCCGACAGGCGAGUUUCAUUCACCCAAGACAACAAAGGUGUAUCAAGAGACAAUCAGCAAGAGAAUUCAUGUCGUGUUCGAACGACACCACCAAUAACAACAACAACGACAACUGACAGAACACCGACCGCGAUUGGACCUGAAAACACGUCCGAUCCUCCUCUUCUCGUCGUGGUCCAGGAAGACCCAGAGUUCUUGGAAAUCUUGUCCGAAGCAGCCGCAUUAGAAGGACUUCGAGUACAUGCCAACUUUGAUCAAGCAGUGACAGAGUGGUGCCAGAAGGUUACCGACAACGACCACGACGACGAGUCCCGCAAUGGCAAUGCUGAACGCUUGACCAUCUUGUGCCAGGCGUCGGCUGUGGAAGGCUGUCAACUGCCACGCAUUGACUUUGAUGUAGAUUGGAAGGGAGAAUCCUUGGCUAUGGAGGAAUGCAUGGUCGAAGCUGUCCCCCCAAAAGCUGUGUCUCCCAAACGAACAACAACCAAAAAGAGAAAGUCGCCCGAUGCGUCGUCACACGAUCCAAAGGCAACAACCACCAUGACAACCAAGAAGAAGGCGACGACAAAGAAAAAACCUACGACGACGAAGAAGACUGCGAAUGCAAGUCAAACCAAGAAGCGGUCUCCUGCAAAGCCAAAGGCUUCGUCGUCCCCCAAGAAGAAGUCUGUCGCUGCACUUUCCAAACGCGAUUCCAACAAGGGCCCGCCACGAGGCGUUGCCGCAAAGUUUGUCUCCGCCACCAAUCAGCGUCACUCUCUCACUGGAGCGAGAUCGGGGUCGCAGCGUACGCCGACCAAAACUAAGGGACAGUCCGCAGUCAAAAAGUCGACGACAACCACGGCACGAUCGGUCGCAGCCAAGAGAGCCACAGGUCCCGCGGUAGUUGCCCAGCUUCCUGCCGAUACUACGAUGCAGCAACCUACGUCCGCAAGAGGACCGGGAUCCAAGGUGUUGGAAGUGACAAUGGCAGAUCACAGUGUUGCGGGGCAUUCCGCUGCGACGAAACUGUCCUUGACUACAAAACAUUCCACUAUUGCAGCGACGUCCUCUGCGAAUCAGUCACAGCCUCAGCAGUUACCCACCGCAAAGCAGCUUCUUUCGACAAAGACGAACAGUCAACACGGGACGACGAAUCCUCCGAAUCAGGCCGGGGAGACACUUCUAGUAGGACAACUUGAUGUCGCUGCACUGUCGCCACUCUCAUUUGCCCGCCAUGGGGCACCCUCGCCGAUUCGACCACGAGCUACCGCAAUGAAUCCAAUCACCUCCAUUACAAAUAAUCAACCCCAGCUCGCUACAAAUCAACUCCAGCUUGCUGUGCCAUACUCCAACCCAACAAAGAGCAACAUCCUUGACGAUGACGAUACCGCCUGUGGUUGGGAGGGGAUUGUGAGCUUUCGAAACUCACGCUCCGCCAAGGGCGGCAGCAAUGGCAUGGAGGAAGAACCAGACGUAGCAGCAAAGAAACCGUUGUCGGCUGCAGGUAUCCUGGACGACAAUGAAGCGGCACAAGGCUGGGACGGUGUUUUGAACUUUUAUCAGCGCACCAUGAUGGGGAGCUGA